AUUGAUGAAAUUGAAGCGCUUUCAUCCAUCUAUGGUGAAGAUUGGUGUGUUAUUGAUGAGGAUGAAAAGAUCUACUGCAUUAAGAUUAGUGAUUGUCUGGAUCAACCAAAAUGGACCCUCUGUCUGCAGGUGAUUUUGCCACCAGGAUAUCCAACUGCAGAGCCACCUAUUUAUCAGCUAAAUGCCCCUUGGCUUCGAGGACAAGAUUAUACAGACCUAGCAAAUAGCUUGGAAGAAAUAUAUGUGCAGAACCUUGGUGAAAGCAUACUAUACUUAUGGGUGGAGAAGAUACGAGAAGUUCUGGUAGACAAGGCACAGUCUUCAGAUCCAGAACCAGAUAUUAAGAAAACCACUGAAGAAGCUGAUGAAGAUGAUGGAGAUGAUUUUCUCCUAGACUAUCAGGCCAUUCAGGAAGAUACAAUUAAAAUGUUAAAUUGCAUGACAUCUGAAAGUCAGGAAGAUGAAGAACUGCCAUCCAUCCAUCAUGGAAACCCAAUCACAGAUCGAAGGAGUACUUUCCAGGCACAUCUGGCUCCAGUGGUGACAACCAGACAAGUGAAAAGAGUUCUUGAAAAGUUAUACGAGAACAAGAAAAUUGCGAGUGCUACCCACAACAUAUAUGCAUACAGAAUAUACUGUGAAGAUAAACAGACAUUCCUACAGGAUUGUGAAGAUGAUGGAGAAACAGCAGCAGGUGGACGUCUUCUUCAUCUUAUGCAGAUUUUGAAUGUCCACAACGUGUUAGUUGUGGUGUCACGCUGGUACGGAGGUAUUCUCUUAGGACCAGAUCGUUUCAAACAUAUAAACAACUGUGCAAGAAAUGUGCUUGUGGAAUAUGACUACGUACCUUCAGUGGAAGACUCAUCUAAACAAGCAGGAAAGAGCAAAAAGACAAGGAAGGACAAGAAGAGAACAGAACACUAAUUUAUUUUUUUAAAACUUUAAAAGAUCAUUUUGCACAUAUUUAUACAAAGAAAACCUGGACCUUAUUGCCUUAUAUAACAGACAUGUUGUAUUCAGAAGAGAAUUUAGUAAAGCUAUAGAUACAUUUU